UAUAUAGUUAGUACUUAAUAAUCAAUGCUGUGGACAUUCCUGCAGUACGGUAAUAGUGUUAUUACUUGUAAUACUUUAUUAUAAGUGUUAUUACUAUGGUGCUGUGGUUGAGGUUUUUUGAGACAGGUUCUGUAGCACAGGCUGACUUUGAAUUUUCAGUCCUCCUGCUUUCACCUAGCCAAGCAAGGGUGUUAAAAAUGUGUGCCCCCAUAUAUUCUCUGAAUUAUUUUCAUCGACUGUACUGUUUAGUUACUCAUUACUUACUUUACUAGUUUGUCUCAUAAAUCAUUCUGAUUUUAAGGUCUUAAAUUUUAUGUAACUUUCCGUUCUAUACUCACAGUUAGGCUUUUGCCUUUCCAAGUGUCAGCAUUCACAAUUCAGCACUGUGCCAGGCCCUUUACCUGUAUUGAGCCACACAGGCCAUUUGUUAGGGAAGGCAGUUGGUUGCUCUCUGCUUCUGCCUGUGUUUAUGAAUCACCCUGUAGCUAUUUCUUUGACUUCAGAUUUGUGGUUUCUUGAGCUAACUGGAGUGAUGUAAAAGAUGAGUCUCUUUAGGCGUUUCCUGUCUUCCCAAGUGUUGGUGGUGUACUAUCAACAGGCUUCUCCUAGGAAGAAGCACUGACCAGUCUCAACCUUAUCUCCUUGGGAUUGCAGUUUCUAGACUUACUGACUUUAGCUGAUUGUAUUGUUGAAUGGUUACUGUUGUGUGACUGAAAUAGCCUGUGUACCACCCAACCCGGAUCCCUGAGGUUUUGGAGUGACUCCACCCUUACUCAGGUCUCCACCCCUGUGGGUGAACUUGCCCUUUGUUCCUGCUGGCUGCCGAAUGUGUGAGUAAUGUCCCACGUGUAUGGAUUGCUGGCCACUGUGGAAUUUUACAGCUCCUCUAUUCAGAGCAGUGUAACUUUCAGGCUGCUUGGCCAAAGGCAUGGUCCUGGGACCUGUUCAGCUACCAUCAAGCAGUCACUGUAGAGACCAGGACACCUUGCUUCCCUGCCCAGGCAGGGAUGUGUCUGAGUUGCCUGUGGCCCACGUGACAGAUCACUUUGCCAGCUGUGUGGAGGAUGGAUUUGAGGGAGACAAGACUGGAGGCAGUAGUCCAGAAGUUUUGCACCGCCCCUUUGGCUGUGACGCUGAAUCUCAGGCACUGAAUGAAGCUAUCCGGUGGAGCUCCAAGGAGAACUUGCUGGGCGCCACUGAGAGCGACCCUAAUCUCUUUGUUGCACUUUAUGACUUUGUGGCAAGUGGCGAUAACACACUCAGCAUCACCAAAGGUGAAAAGCUACGAGUCCUUGGUUACAACCAAAAUGGUGAAUGGAGUGAAGUUCGCUCCAAGAAUGGGCAGGGUUGGGUGCCCAGCAACUACAUCACUCCAGUCAACAGCCUGGAGAAACAUUCCUGGUACCAUGGGCCUGUGUCCCGCAGUGCAGCGGAGUAUCUCCUCAGCAGCCUUAUCAAUGGCAGUUUCCUGGUGCGAGAGAGUGAGAGCAGCCCUGGGCAGCUGUCCAUCUCUCUCAGAUAUGAGGGACGUGUGUAUCACUACAGGAUCAAUACCACCACAGACAGCAAGGUGUACGUGACUGCCGAGAGCCGCUUCAGCACCUUAGCAGAGCUUGUUCACCACCACUCCACAGUCGCUGAUGGGCUAGUGACCACGCUACACUACCCAGCACCCAAGUGCAACAAGCCAACGGUCUACGGUGUGUCUCCUAUCCAUGACAAGUGGGAGAUGGAGCGCACAGAUAUCACCAUGAAGCACAAGCUUGGGGGCGGCCAGUAUGGAGAGGUUUAUGUUGGCGUCUGGAAGAAAUACAGCCUUACAGUUGCUGUGAAAACACUGAAGGAAGAUACCAUGGAGGUAGAGGAGUUCCUGAAGGAAGCUGCAGUGAUGAAGGAAAUCAAGCAUCCUAAUUUAGUACAGCUGUUAGGUGUGUGCACCCUGGAGCCGCCAUUCUACAUUGUGACUGAGUACAUGCCGUACGGCAAUCUGCUCGAUUACCUCCGGGAGUGCAGCCGUGAGGAGGUGACUGCAGUGGUGCUGCUUUACAUGGCCACUCAGAUCUCCUCUGCCAUGGAGUACUUGGAGAAGAAGAACUUCAUCCACAGAGAUCUUGCUGCACGGAACUGCCUGGUGGGGGAGAACCAUGUGGUGAAAGUGGCUGACUUUGGUCUAAGUAGACUGAUGACUGGAGACACCUACACCGCUCAUGCUGGAGCCAAAUUUCCUAUUAAAUGGACAGCGCCUGAGAGUCUGGCCUACAAUACCUUUUCAAUUAAAUCUGACGUUUGGGCUUUUGGAGUACUGUUGUGGGAAAUUGCUACGUAUGGAAUGUCACCAUAUCCAGGUAUUGACCUAUCUCAAGUCUAUGACCUACUGGAAAAAGGAUAUCGAAUGGAGCAGCCUGAGGGAUGCCCCCCUAAAGUGUAUGAACUUAUGAGAGCAUGCUGGAAGUGGAGCCCUGCGGACAGGCCCUCUUUUGCUGAAACCCAUCAAGCUUUUGAAACCAUGUUCCAUGACUCCAGCAUCUCUGAAGAGGUAGCUGAGGAGCUUGGGAGAACUGCCUCCUCCUCAUCUGUAGUUCCAUACCUGCCUCGAUUGCCACUACUUCCUUCCAAGACAAGGACCCUGAAGAAGCAGGGGGAGAACAAAGAGAACCUAGAUGGGGGCCUUGAUGCCUCCGAGAUCCUGGCCUCCAGCUCAGCACCAGGGUUCAUUAGAAGCACCCAGGCCUCCAGUGGGUCCCCAGCUCUGCCUCGAAAGCAAAGAGAUAAGUCACCCAGCAGCCUCUUAGAAGAUGCCAAAGAGACAUGCUUCACCAGGGACAGGAAGGGAGGCUUCUUCAGCUCCUUCAUGAAAAAAAGAAACGCCCCCAUGCCCCCUAAGCGCAGCAGCUCUUUUCGAGAAAUGGAGAAUCAGCCCCACAAGAAAUAUGAACUCACGGGUAACUUCUCACCUGUUGCUUCUCUACAGCAUGCUGAUGGGUUCUCUUUCACUCCCGGCCAGCAAGAGUCGAAUCUGGUGCCAGCCAAGUGCUAUGGGGGGAGCUUUGCACAGAGGAACCUCUGUGGUGAUGAUGACAGUGGUGGGGGUGGGGGCAGUGGCACUGCUGGGGGUGGGUGGUCUGGUAUCACAGGCUUCUUUACUCCUCGCUUAAUCAAAAAGACACUGGGCUUGCGAGCAGGUAAACCGACAGCCAGUGAUGACACUUCCAAGCCUUUUCCAAGGUCAAACUCUACAUCUUCCAUGUCCUCAGGGCUUCCCGAGCAGGAUAGGAUGGCAAUGACCCUUCCCAGGAACUGCCAGAGGUCCAAACUCCAGCUGGAAAGGACAGUGUCCACCUCUUCUCAACCAGAAGAGAAUGUGGACAGGGCUAAUGACAUGCUUCCAAAAAAAUCAGAGGAAGGUGCUGCUCCAGCCAGGGAGAGACCAAAAGCCAAACUAUUGCCCAGAGGAGCCACGGCUCUUGCCCUGAGAGCCCCUGAUCCAGCCAUCACUGAGAGUGACUCUCCAGGGGUAGGGGUGGCUGGAGUGGCAGCUGCCCCCAAAGGCAAGGAGAGGAAUGGUGGGACGCGGCUUGGAGUCGCUGGAGUCCCAGAGGAUGGAGAGCAGCCAGGCUGGUCUUCUCCAGCCAAGGCUGUAGCUGUCCUCCCAACCACUCACAACCACAAAGUGCCAGUCCUUAUCUCACCCACUCUGAAACACACUCCAGCUGAUGUGCAGCUCAUUGGCACGGACUCUCAGGGGAACAAAUUCAAGCUCUUAUCUGAGCAUCAGGUCACAUCCUCUGGAGACAAGGACCGACCCCGACGGGUAAAACCAAAGUGUGCCCCACCCCCGCCACCAGUGAUGAGACUACUGCAGCAUCCGUCCACAUGCUCAGACCCCGAGGAAGAGCCAACUGCCCCCCCUGCAGGACAGCACACUCCAGACACCCAGGAAGGAGGAAAAAAGGCAGCUCCAGGGCCAGUGCCCAGUAGUGGGAAACCUGGGAGGCCAGUGAUGCCUCCACCUCAAGUGCCUUUGCCCACAUCUUCCAUCUCGCCAGCCAAAAUGGCCAAUGGCACAGCAGGUACUAAGGUGGCCCUGAGGAAAACCAAACAGGCAGCUGAGAAAAUCUCAGCUGACAAAAUCAGCAAAGCGGCCCUGCUGGAGUGUGCCGGCCUACUGUCCAGUGCAAUCACAGAACCUGUGCCCCAUAGCCAGCUGGUGGACACUGGGCACCAGCUACUCCACUACUGCUCAGGGUAUGUGGACUGCAUCCCCCACACUCGCAACAAAUUUGCCUUCCGAGAGGCUGUGAGCAAACUGGAACUUAGCUUACAGGAGCUGCAGGUGUCUUCCACAGCUGCUGGUGUGCCUGGGACAAACCCUGUCCUUAAUAACUUAUUGUCAUGUGUACAGGAAAUUAGUGAUGUGGUGCAGAGGUAGCCAUUGUCAGCCUAGUGGGGAAAUGCACAUUCUGAGGGGAGAGGGGAAGGGACUUGUUUUCCUGUGUUCUCGUUCUCAAACAGUGAAAGACUGAUACUUGAGUGUGUUUAUGUGAAGUACCUCAGACCCCUGAGUUCUCACGUUUACAGGUUCAUCUCAACAGCAAAAAGGAAAUCACAUAAAUAGAUAAAGUGAAUGUGGUGGGGCAGGGCAGUGUGGACAGAGUUGGAAACUGCACUGGAAAAUAAGCGAGCAUCAUGCAUACAUCAUAAAAGUGCAGCCCUCCCUCUCUGGAAUGGCCUGUGGCCUCCAUUGGGCUGCUCUCAGUUGUGCUGCAUCAUGAAACAGGCCUUGACCUGGCAGGUCCUGGGGGUUAUCACGUUUCAGUUCACCCUGCAAAUCCGGGGAACAGGAGAGAGCAAGUGAGGGAUGUAGCAGGCGCUGUUUUAUUCAAGGCUAAAGAAGUGUCUGUUGGUCUUGCCUCCGCGGACAUUGCUGUUAUAGCAAGAACUGCAAAUUAGAUUACCAGAGUACUCAACUGGGAAACAUGGCCCUAUCCGUCUGCUCUGUCCUGUUUACCGUGGGUGUGUGAGUGGGUGCAGAGAGUACAGAUGAGGGUGAGUGUAGUCAGAUGGACACCUCCAGACUCUCCCUCAUCAGCCGUCACGUCCCCCACUCUUCUGGCAUAUUACUUGCUAGUGGGCCAGUAUCCACCUGCUGCUUAUUGUCAGCUGUCUGUAAGCCGUGGGCAGAGGGCGUGGUCUUGGUUCUCUGCCCUUUGCUGGGCUGUCUGUCCUCCUUCAUUCCUGACAGCAUACAUACUGGGCAUUACCCAGCAUCCAUGUUGAAAAUAGUGCUCACUACAGGUUCUCAUAGGAGACCUUCUAAGCCCCUGAACACUGACAUAAUGGCCACUUAGGCAGCUAUACAUAUCCUU